AUACCUCAGGAGGUUACAGAAUACACAACCAAACCUCGCAAUUCAGCAAGUAUUCUUCUGGUGGUAGAGGGACAUGGGAAUUGUGGUGCAGCUGAAUUGAAUCCUGGUUCAAUUGUAUUUCUUUCUUCAAAAGAGCAGCUCACAAUAAAUAGUAAAACGAAAUUAAGCAUUUAUCAGGCUUGUGCAAAUGUAUAAGUGUUAUGAACAAAUUGUGACAAGGUUUUUCUAAACUAUGAAAAAAUAUUGCAAAAUGCAAACAAAUGGGACAUAGGUAUUAAUAUAAGUGGUUGUUCACAAACUUUUUUGAAUUAUUUACAAGAGAAAUGUUAAAAAGAAUAAAUUAAAAUGUGUAAGAGCAUAAUAAAAAAUGCUGUUAUUAUUUCAUUUGAAAUUUCUUGUCUUUUUCAAUAGGAAUGAAGUACUGGAUUGACAAAUUCUGGACAGUCUACAUGCAGAACAAUGGAAGAAGAUCUCUAUAGUAUUUUACAUAAUAUCCAUUUCAAUUUGUUGUGAACUUUCCUAGCACACUGAAUGUAUUAAUUCAAGCAAUUCCUUCUUACAUAGGCAUGUCAAAUAGUAUAAUUUGAUAUGUAAGAUCAGAAUCCAAAUGAGACAUACAAAGCCAAAAUUACUGAAUCCAGAAAUGUGAUCUUUGGAACAUAGGUUUCUAUUUCAACAUAUUUUACCUCUAGGAAAGGAUUUUUCAAAAUUCUUCCUAGGUGUUUCCCCGGGGUAAAAUAGGACUUUUUUUAUUUAACCCUUUGUCUUCGUUUCUCAAAUACUUUUGGGGUCUUUUUUGACCCCAAAUGUUUUACACAAUAAUUAACAAUUAUUUCAUGAAGGAAUGUUAUUUGGAAUUAUUAAUUGAAAAAACCAUGCUAUUUAUUUGCUAUAUUGACUAUAUUACAUGAAAUAACUAAGAAUAAUGGUAUUUCCAAAAAUAAAAUUCCAGCAUAUCUUCAUUGUUAUACUUAGGCAUCUAUCUUACAAGCCUGAGAAUGUUUGAAACAGGGCUACCAUUUCUAAUACACAAAUACACCAAAUUAUCACUCAGGAACCACUACAUAAUGUUAAGAAAUGGCAGUGGACAUGUUUUUAGAAUUUU